AUGCAACCGGAGGGAAACCAUCUACUCAUUGCUUAUACAAGCGGCUGUGUUGCCGUUGCCAUUCCACAACCUUUGGCGGAUGUCACUGUAGCCGAGUCACGACCCGGGGAAGUAGCUCCAACGGCGGAGGUGGAGCCAACAACGCCCAACAACGAGGAAAAUUCGGUUGAUGCAACUGCGGACCCUGCACCACCUGCAACUCCGGCCACCGAACAACCCCAGUCCACCGCUCCCGAAACACCCGUAAAGGAAACUGUUGAACGGCUUGCUACCUUGAAACUGAAGGGCUUUGCUCGAAGUUUACGUGGAACUGAGAGUGCAAAGCCUGAGGUCGAAUCCGAGCUGAAGAUACCUGUUCCUCCAGCCCCAAGAAUUAGUCAUCUUCUCAUUCGUGAUCAAGCUGUGAAGUCUGCCGCUUGGCGAGUUACGACGGUUGGAAGCCUUUCUACCGAGGUGGUCAUAGCUUAUGAAGAUGGAGCGUUUCAAGUUUGGCCAGUUGUUGCCACGGUUAGUCAACAACCACAAGAACCAAUUAUUGUCUCCAAACGCGACCCACCUAAUACUCCUUAUGGUAAGUUUACCGAAAACCAUUUUAUUGCGCGAGCCUGGUUAAACAACUUGAAAACCGAUGUCGGGGCUAGGCGGAUUACAUUGAUUAAUCACGAUCGCACCCUAAUGCAAGUGCUUCACCUCAAUAGCGGCUAG